AUGAUUUCAUCAUAGUACGUGUCCACCUCUAAUACGACAAGCGCCAAAAUUUUACGUUUAUUAGGAUAAGGAACAAUUUUUCUAAAUUAAGCUAGUGUUUUUGAGAAAAAAACAAGGGAAGACAUCCCAAAUUGUUCGGAGACCGUUCAAUCUUAAGCAACAGACACCAUGUCCUUUUUCGGAGGCAACACUUCACUGGGAGCCACAAGCACGCCGGCCAAACCCGGCGGACUUUUCGGUUCACCUUUUGGAGCGACCGCAACCGGUCAAGCAGCGCCCGCAUUUGGAACUCCGGCAACUUCUGCGCCGGCUUUUGGCGCCCAGACUGCAGCGCCUGCCUUUGGAUCCGGCUCGGUUUUUGGAGCCACUGCAGCCGCUCCUGCCUUCGGAGCCCCUGCGGCAGCGGCGGCGGCGCCUGCCUUUGGAGCAGCAGCAGCUACCCCGGCUUUUGGAGCAGCAGCAGCUACCCCGGCGUUUGGUGCUGCAGCAGCUACUCCGGCUUUUGGAGGAUCCGCUUUUGGAAGUGCUCCAGCUUUUGGAGCUCCAGCAACCACAACUGCUUCAACUGGCCUGGGAGGCGGUGGCUUCACUGGAUUCGCUGCUCCAGCAACGAGUCAGACGAGUUUGUUCGGGGCUCCAGCCACAAGUGCUGCGCCACCGGCUUUCAGUGGAUUCGGACAAACGGCGACCAGCGCAGCUCCAGCAAGUGGAUUUGCAGGCUUUGGAACAACAACCACCUCGGCCCCAGCAUUUGGGGGCUUUGGAACAGGCCCGUCGACUGGCUUUGGCGGCGGUGUGUUUGGAUCCACCUUUGGAAAGCCAGCCACUUCAACAGUCACUCCGGGUUUUGGGGGCUUCGGUGGAACUAACUUCAUGUUGGGCCAGCCACAACAGCAGCCUCCGCCUAUUUCGGCGGAUGAGGCGUUCGCUCAGUCCAUCCUGAACGUGUCUAUUUUCGGCGAUGAACGGGAUAACAUAGUGGCCAAGUGGAACUACUUGCAGGCCAUGUGGGGCACAGGGAAACUCUUCUACUCUCAAAGUGCGGCGCCAGUGGAUAUUACGCCAGAGAACUAUCUCUGCCGCUUUAAGGCGAUUGGGUACAGUCGAAUGCCGGGCAAGGACAACAAACUGGGACUGGUGGCCCUCAAUUUUAAUAGAGAUCUUUCCGCUAUAAAGCCACAUCAACAGCAAGUAGUUCAAACCCUGCACAGCUUGUUUGGCAGCAAACCCAACAUGUUGGUUCAUAUCGAUUCCAUUAAAGAGAUGGAGAACAAGAAGUGCCAGAUCGUUAUCUACGUGGAGGAGAAGCUGCAGCAUCCAACCAACGACACAAAACGCAUACUCGCCACUGAACUUUCCAACUAUUUGAACCAAGCCUCCUUGAAACCCCAGCUCACCAACCUGGGCAUCGUGGAAGCUUUAGCUUUGGUAUUGCCCGAUGAAGAUCAGCUAAAGGAGUAUCUGGAGAACCCUCCAAAGGGCGUGGAUCCGCGCAUGUGGCGGCAAGCCAACUUGGACAAUCCCGAUCCGAGUAAAUUCAUUCCCGUUCCUAUGAUCGGUUUCAACGAUCUUAAGUGGCGUGUAAAGUGUCAAGAACAGGAGACGGACACACAUGCCAUGUACAUGAAAAAGGUGGAGGGGGAGCUCACAGAGCUGCGGCAACGACACGCCACCGCCACGGCAAAGAUUUUGGAGCACAAACGUAAACUGGCCGAGCUCAGUCAUCGUAUACUCAGGAUCAUUGUAAAGCAGGAGUGCACUCGGAAGGUGGGAACUUCUCUGACGCCCGAAGAGGAGGCCAUGCGCACCAAGCUGCAGAAUAUGCAAGCCGUAGUUUCAGCGCCCACUCAGUUUAAGGGACGGCUCAGUGAACUGCUCUCACAGAUGCGAAUGCAGCGAAACCAAUUCGCCGUCAACGGAGGAGCGGAGUACGCCAUCGACAAGGAUGCCGAGGACGAGAUGAAAACGUUCCUUACCAUGCAGCAGCGCGCUAUGGAAGUGCUUAGUGAAACUGUUAACAAAGACCUGAAGGCACUGGAUGUUAUCAUAAAGGGAUUGCCCGAACUGCGGCAAUCGUGAUAGAAGAACUGAACUGUUGAAUAAACCACCCGAAUGUUGAACACUA